AUGCUUUACGACGGCUUCAGUCAGCUCAGGCAGCGGCCUGGGAAGCGUGGGGGCCGACUGCACGCUAAAGGCUACACGCUCGCACACCACUUGCAGAGUGGCUCUCCCGGGCGCUCAGCCCACGGCGGAGGCACGCCAGGCCCCGGGCAGCCGGCCGUCACUCGCCUAAGCGCCUAA